CCAAACAAGGCUAGCCUAUAUAAUAAUCGAUACAUUAUUCGUCCCAGUGACCAAAGCCCGAGAUCAGGAACCGAAUCCCAGCGAGCAACUCUCCCGAUCGAUGCGUGGGGAAGCAGCAGCAGACGCCGGGGCGGGCUACCCGCGCUCGCCGGAGCCCCACGACCUCUCCGACGAUUCAGACUACGCCGCUGCCGCCGCCGCCUCCGCUUCCAUCCACGCGGCGAUAAGGAGCGAUAUGGCCGACAUAGGGUCUGAGGAGACUGCGAGGGUGGAUGUGGUGUACGAGAAGGAGCGUGUGACGAUCCACCCAACGCAGUAUGGCUCCAGCCGGAUCAGCGGGAAGCUGCGCCUCUACUUGCAGCUGGGCGCUCUGUUCCUGAGUUGGGAGCCAAAUGAGGGAGUUGAUUCUUUCUCAACCAGUUCAGUCACCGCGGAAAUAGAAAAAUAUAGAAAUUUGUACACCAUCCAGGCUUUGCCUGUAAGUGACAUACGCUUCAUCCGUCGGUACAACCCAACAUUUGGAUUGGAGUACAUAAUCAUUGUUCUCUCAUCAGGCUUGGCUUUUCCCCCAUUCUACUUCUACAACGGUGGAACUCGUGAAUUGUUUGCAACAAUGAAGCAACACGUCUUCAUUAUCAGGUCGGAUGACGAUCCUACUUUAUUUCUUGUCAAUGACUUUGAAGAUCCUCUUCAGAAAAGCCUGUCAUCUCUGGAGCUUCCAGGGGUUGCCACUGUGGCAAAUGCCAUGUCACGACAGAAUUCGUUCAGCUUCGCUGGUUCAGUUAAUGAAGCUAGGCAUGGGGAUGAUGCCAAACAUGGGGGGCCUUCUAGCAUAUAUGAAUAUGGUUCAAAGCAAAAGCACAAAUUGAAUGAUCCAGGUCGUGAUCUUUCGCUUCAAGUUUUGGAGAAAUUCUCACUGGUUACAAAGUUUGCUCGCGACACAACAUCGAGUCUCUUUCGGGAAAAUCAUAGUAGUGGUUCUCAUGCUUAUGGACGGCAAAAACAGGAACAUGUUUGGGACAACAGAAUAAGCGAUAAAUACAAAGAUCAGCAAAUAACACAAGAUGACACUUCUGUGCUCUCAGAUUCGACAGAGUCUGAUGAGUUGCUGCUAGUGUGGGGUAAAAAGAGAGGCAGCCCAUUAACCGUCGAUGAGUGGAGAGCUUUCUUAGAUCCUGAAGGUAGAAUUAUGGAUUCAAAGGCACUGAGGAAAAAGGUUUUCUAUGGCGGUGUUGAUCAUGUCCUUAGAAAGGAGGUCUGGAAAUUCUUGUUGGGGUAUCAUGAAUAUGAUUCAACACAAGCUGAGAGGGAAUAUCUUGCUGCCAUGAAACGAGAAGAAUACGAAGCCAUUAAAUCCCAGUGGAAGAGUAUCUCAGCCACGCAAGCUAAAAGGUUCACCAAGUUUAGGGAAAGAAAAGGCCUUAUUGACAAGGACGUGGUGAGAACAGAUAGGGCUGUUCCGUUCUAUGAAGGGGAUGACAAUCGGAAUGUUGUAGUUCUACGUGACAUCUUGUUGACAUAUUCCUUCUAUAAUUUUGACCUUGGUUAUUGUCAAGGAAUGAGUGAUUUUUUGGCACCUAUACUUCAUGUCAUGGAAGAUGAGUCGGAAUCAUUUUGGUGCUUUGCUUCUCUGAUGGAACGACUAGGAGGAAAUUUUAACCGUGACCAGAAUGGCAUGCAUGCUCAACUUCUUGCAUUGUCGAAGCUUGUGGAGCUUCUCGAUCCUCCAUUGCAUAACUAUUUUAGGCAGAAUGACUGUUUGAACUACUUCUUCUGUUUCCGUUGGGUUCUUAUACAAUUCAAAAGGGAGUUCAGUUUUGACCAGAUCAUGCUUUUGUGGGAAGUUUUGUGGACUCAAUAUUUGUCAGAACAUUUCCACCUGUACUUGUGCGUCGCUAUCUUGAAAAGGUACCGUCAGCGGAUAAUCGGGGAAGGGAUGGACUUCGACACCCUUCUCAAGUUCAUAAAUGAGCUCAGUGGUCAGAUCAAUAUUGACCAGGCUAUUCAGGAUGCAGAGGCAUUAUGUACCAUUGCAGGUGAUAACGGGGCCGCUUGCAUUCCACCUGGAACCCCGCCUUCUUUGCCGGUCGAGACUGAUGGUGGCCUGUACUUACAAGAAGAUGACGUCUUGUGAGACAUAAAAUGUGAUCAGUUGCAAGUUCCUAUCUGUGGAAGAAUUACGAAAUCGCACUGUUGUAUGUAUAUAUGUACCUUAAUGGAUCUCUAGGCUCUAGCUGACAAUACACUGCUUUUGCUUAAUGCGAAUGGAUUAUCUAGAAGACGCCUUAUUUUGCUUUA